CGAGUGUUUCAGCUGCAGCACCGUGCAUUGCAAAAUGCAGUUGGAACUUCAAGUUCAAGUUGGCUCGGAGCUCAACUCCCAUCUGCCCUUUCAAGUUGGCAUUGGCAAGGAACACUGAACAGAUCAGCAGCAGCGCUUGCUUGAUAAAGAACGAAACGUCCAUCUUUAGCCGCCACCAACUUCAGCAGCCAGAGGACCUGUCCUUGUCUAGUGACGUGCCAUCAUGGUGCGCCUUUUUGUCCAAGUGUCCAAACACCACUGACGUUCUCUACUCCAUUCUGAUCUCCGUGCUUGAUCUUCAACGUCUCCCUUGACAUCAUGGCUGCCUCAAGCGCCUGCCUUGGUGGAGGUGCGGUAAUGAGCAAAGUUGCGCCUCGCGAGCCCCUUCUGUCAUCAUUACCGCCGGCGCCUCAAGCUAGUUUGCACAGCGCCCCCUUGACAGCUGUCAGGGCACCAAAGCGGUCAAAGUGCGCACUCAAGUGCGAUGGGCUUGGAGGGCAGAUGAGGGGGCAACGGUUGCGAGCGCAGUCGCUCCCGAGGGCACCUGUGAGAAGGGAGCGGGUGGUGCGGGCAUCAGAAGAAGUGCCAGCUGUCGGCAGCACCGCGGCAGCUGUCGAAAGUUCCUCGCAGUCCACCGGGCUCAUGUUGAGAGCUCACGGAUCGAAUGCAACAGCUGUCGCCGCCGCAAACUCUUCCCCUAACCCUAGAGUUGACCCUGCGGUUAACCCCAUCGCCGCCGCUCUCGACGACUUCACAUCUGAGGGCGAGAUGAUGCGUGAGGAGUGCGGGGUGGUCGGGGUCAUCGGCGAUGACGAGGCAAGCAGGAUCUGUUACCUGGGCUUGCACGCGCUGCAGCACCGGGGGCAGGAGGGCGCCGGCAUCGUAACCUCGAACGGAGGCCAGCUGACGUCGAUCACGGGGAUGGGGCUGGUGGCAGACGUUUUCAACCAGCAGAAGCUGACGGCGCUCGUCGGGGACUCUGCGAUUGGGCAUGUGCGGUAUGCCACUUCGGGGGGCUCUAACCUGAAAAAUGUUCAGCCCUUCACCGUGAAGACGGUGUUUGGGCAAGUCUCUGUGGCUCACAACGGAAACCUGGUCAACUUCAAGAAGCUGCGGGAAGAGCUCGAGGAGCGGGGCUCCAUCUUCAACACGUCGUCGGAUACAGAGGUCAUCCUGCAUUUGCUGGCCGUCAGCAAGAAAACAACGUUCAUGGAGCGACUCGUCGAGGCGUGCGAGCAGCUCGAGGGUGCGUACAGCCUCGUCGUUUUGACCGUCGACAAACUGGUUGCCCUGCGGGAUCCGUACGGUUUCCGCCCGCUCGUCAUGGGCCGGAAAGCGAACGGCGCAAUCGUGUUCGCGUCGGAAACAUGCGCUCUCGACCUGAUUGAUGCGAAGUACGAGCGGGAAGUCCAACCGGGCGAGGUGGUUAUCAUUGACAGAAACGAGGGGGAGUCGGGCAUGUGUUUGUACCCCAAGCGGCAGCGCAAGGCGUGCGUGUUCGAGCACAUUUACUUUGCGCUGCCCAACUCGGACGUGUUCGGCAAGAGCGUGUACGAGCAGCGCUACAACUACGGGCGCAUCCUGGCGGAGGUGGCUCCGGUGGAGUGUGACGUCGUGAUUGCUGUGCCGGAUUCGGGGGUGGUGUGCGCGCUGGGCUACGCGGCGGAGGCGGGGGUGCCGUUCCAGCAGGGCCUCAUCCGGUCGCAUUACGUGGGCAGGACGUUCAUCGAGCCGAGCCAAAAGAUUCGCGACUUUGGGGUGAAGCUCAAGCUGUCCCCCGUGAAGUCGGUCCUGAAGGGCAAGCGCGUGGUGGUGGUCGACGACUCGAUCGUGCGCGGCACGACGUCAUCCAAGAUCGUGCGGCUGCUCAAGGAGGCCGGCGCGACCGAGGUGCACAUGCGCAUCUCCAGCCCGCCAAUCACCGGCUCCUGCUAUUACGGCGUCGACACGCCCAGUCGCGAGGAGCUCAUUUCCUUCAAGUUGUCCGUCGAGGAGACGCGGCAGUUCAUCGGCGCCGACUCGCUCGCCUACCUUCCCCUCGACCGCCUCCAUAACCUAUUGGGUCCCGAGGCCGAUACCUUCUGCGACGCGUGCUUCUCGGGCGCAUACCCUAUCCCUCCUCAGGGGAAGAACACGCAGGGCCAUGUGCUGCCAUUCGAGAAAGAGAACGGGGCCGCCGGACCGAGUUCCGCCGGAGAGGAGGGGCAUUCCGCCGGACCAAACGGAAAUCUGGGGUACCAGGACGUGAAGGUCGUGGGGCCGGACGAGCGGGAGCCGGCGCCGGCCGGGCGGGUUGUGUGAGGGGUUAUGGCGGGGUUAUGAGGGUUUACGAUGAAACACGAGCGGGUAUAAGGGGCCGUGAAAUUUAACGACGGGUUCCGUGCUUUAGUGAAUCUGAGGGAGGGGCGAUGACGCCGGGCGUCACUGUUCUGAUGACGUGAGCUUGGGUGGCCAGAAGAAGCGCAACGAAAGGGAGCACGGGGAAAGAGAAAAGACGAAAGAUCGGAUGUACAAGCAUCGCAAGAGAUGUGCGGUUGGGAAGACGUCACAUGCAGUAAGGUGGAUAAGACUUGUCGAGAUGACGUGGACAGGUGGCAGGCAUUAGGCGAAGGGACUUAUUGUGCGGGGAAAGUGCUAAUUAGACUCGGUGCAGGUAUAAUCCAGGUUUCUAGUCCGUGUAAGCAGAUAGAGUGGAUUGGGGCGCAUUGUCAGCAAGGCCGGGUUUCUUCGGACUCGGGCUUACCGUCGGGAGGAGCAGGACUUAGGUAGACGUCAUUAUGCUAAAAUUAAACAGUUGCUUCUGUAUAGACGUGAGGUAGCCAACAGCAUGGCAUUUGUCCGUAGUGUACUGCAUUCUUGGCUGGAUCCAUUCUUUGCCUAGCUACUUGAAUCUGAAAGCCAAACGGUGCUUCUCUAAUAUUUACAAGCAAUGCUUGCCAUGCCGAUCGAUGCAUCAGUAGGGCCAGCAACCUCA